AUGGACAACCUGGAGGAGCUGGAGCCUGUAGCUGAGGAAGUGCUGGGGAAACUGAAGAGCAGACAGCCGUUCCAGUCCAAGUGGGACACCGCUGCCUUCGUCAUCUUCCUCGCCUUCGUGGGCACUGUGUUGCUCCUGAUGCUGUUUGUCUGUAUCCACUGUUGCUGCUGCCGUCAUCGCUCCUCCAGAUCCCAAGUGAAUGUCAAGCAGGAAAGAUCCAUGGGAGUGGAGAACUUGGCCCUGGAACCUUAA